GACUUCCAUGCCCUUUUCAACAAAGAGAUCGAUCGCUAUUUGGCCAAGCUUGCCACUCGAGGCAAAACAUCAGCAGGCCAGCGUGAAGAUCAACCAUAUGUUCCUGAGUUGAAACGUCUGGCGCGACAGAUGGCUGAAAGCGUUCUGCAGCGCCUGGCUGCCAAUGCCACAAAGUGGGGCUUGGAUCAGCAGGCACUGGAUGGAAAGCUCGCAGCGCAGCCCUCCACACAGUCCAGAGCUGCAAACAAGUCUGCAAGACUGGACAAACUGAGGUUAAGGUGCCAAGACUUGGAAGCGGAAGUGCGCAGGCAUAAGCAGGAGGAGGACAAAAGAAAAGCUGAAGUGCUGGCAAGAUUCAAGGCGCAGUACGAUGCCAUCUUGCACUCCCAGGAGCAGGACUUGCUCCAAAUUCGCAGAGCAGUUGCUGUGACGGAGGAUGGUGCCUACAAUGGGACGUUGCUCGGUCAAGAGCUGUCGGAACAGCUCAAAAGCAUCCAGAGCCAGCUUUCCAGUACGAAGGCUCACGUCAUCGAGCUGGACAGCUUGAAGCUCAACUUGGAUAAGAUCGAGGAUCAGCAGCGCAGGGCGAUUCCUCCAAUGGAAGCCUUGUUGGCCAGCACUAUGGACACUUGGCCAGACGACACGGAGGACGAGAUACUGGCUGCCAACAUCCGGAAGGGAGAGCAGGUGUGCAAAAGACUUCGGCAGCAUCAGUCCUAUUGA